ACUCCCUGGCUGAGGCAAGCUAAAACUCAAGUGUGACUGAGCCGUUGUGUGUUUACGCUACUUGUCUUCGUGCAGUAAAAUGGCAGAAGCCCGAUUUUCUCAAGAGGAUUUCAUGUGUCUGGUGUGUCUGGAUGUCCUGAAGGAUCCAGUGACCAUUCCCUGUGGACACAGUUUCUGUAUGGGAUGUAUAACAGAUUGCUGGGAUCAGCAGGAUCAGAUGAGAGCCUACAGCUGCCCUCAGUGCAGACAGACCUUCAUUCCAAUACCUGCUUUAUCUAAAAACAACUUGCUGGCUAAAGCGGUGGAAAAACUGAAGAAACGUUCCGCUCACUCUUACGCCGAACCUGGAGACGUGCAGUGUGACGUCUGUGCUGAAAGAAAACACAAAGCCGUCAAGUCCUGCCUGAUGUGUCUGGAAUCGUAUUGUCAAACUCAUUUCGACCAUCAUGAGGAAUUUCACUCGCAUAAGUGCCACAAAGUGAUUGAUGCCACUGGACAGCUGCAUGAGAAGAUCUGCUGUCAACACGACAAGCUUCUGGAGUUUUUUUGUAAAACUGAUCAACAGUUUAUAUGUGUGAUUUGUACGAUGUAUGAACAUAAAAAACACAACACUGUAUCAGCUGCCACACAGUGGAUGGAGAAACAGAAGCAGCUGAAGGAGACACGGAGAAGGUUCCAGCAGAGAAUCCAGCAGAGGGAGAAAGAUCUUCAGCAGCUGAAAGACGCUAUGAAGUCUCAUAAGGAUUCUGCGCAGACAGCGGUGGAGGACAGCGAGAGGAUCUUCACUGAGCUCAUCAGCUCCAUUGAGAAAAGACGCUCUGAGUUCACACAGAUGAUAAGAGAUCAGGAAAAGGCUGCAGUGAGUCGAGCUGAAGAACAACUGGAACGACUGGAGCAAGAGAUCAAUGAUCUGAGGAGGAGAGACGCUAAGCUGGAGAAGCUUUUACAAACACAGGAUCAUAUCCAUUUGCUUCAGAGCGUUCAGUGUCUCUCAGCACCACCUGAAUCUACAGAAGUACCCAACAUUCUCUUCGGUUCUCUCUUCUCUUUUGAUAGCAUUAGAGAAUCUCUCAGUCAGCUGAGAGGCAAACUGGAGGAUUUCUGGAAAAAGGAGCUCAGAAACAGAGUCACAUUCACCGACGUGGUUCCCAGGACCAGGAACGACUUCCUACAAUAUUCCCAUCAUAUCACUCUGGAUCCAAAUACAGCACACAAACGGCUUUAUCUGUCUAAGAGGAACAGAGUGAUUACUAAUAUUCACACAGAACAGCCGUACCCUGAUCAUCCAGACAGAUUUGGUUUUUGGCUUCAGGUGUUGGGUAAAGAGAGUGUGAGCGGACGCUGUUACUGGGAGGUCGAGUGGAACGGGAUGUAUGGUGUGUAUAUAUCGGUGUCAUAUAAGAGCAUCAGAAGGAAGGAAGAGGAUUAUAAUAGUUGGUUUGGACAUAAUGAUCAGUCCUGGAGUCUGUACUGCUGUCCCUUCAGAUUCUCAUUCAUCCACAAUAAGAUAGAGACUGACCUCCCUGUAGCUUCCAGUCGUAGAGUAGGAGUGUUUGUGGAUGAGAGCGCAGGAAUUCUGUCCUUCUACAGCAUCUCUGACACAACGAGCCUCAUCCACACAGUCCAGACCACAUUCACACAGCCCCUCUACCCUGGCUUUUGGGUUUAUUAUGAUUAUUCAUCAGUGAAACUGUGUUAAAGAAUCAGAAUAGAUUCACAAGAGAUUCUACCCAUAAUGCUUUGAGCUGCAUCAUAAAUCAGUGACAGUGAGAUGAUGAUGAUGAUAUCAAGUCAUAUGUCUUUAAAAUGCUUUUUCGGCAGCUUGUUUUCUUUCAAUACGAUAAAUCAGUUCCAACAAUAAACACAAAACCAGUCCUAACUGAAAGAAAACAAUAUCAAUGUCAAUAUUUGGUUAUAUGUGUGACCCCUCUGUGAAACUAAAAAAGUCUAAAGUCUCAUUGUCUAAUUUUGAGUACUCAUAACCAUAAAAUGACGAAAAUAGGUCAUUUUUGUUUAUUGCUGUAAAUGAGUUAUAUACCAAGGUUUCGAGAUAAAAUUAAAGGCAAUCUUACCCCAAAAA